AUGGAUGACAACGCCGCAGGUCCAUCAUCUACUCAACCCCCACCACGUUGGACCGCUCACGUUAGCCCAGUGGGGCGCACCUACUACCACAACUCUGGCUCCGGUGUCAGCACUUACCACCCGCCUCACCUUCCAAAACCCAAGCGCGAGAAGCCCGUCUCCAAAACGCCAAUACCCAACACCUCUGGAUGGUUCAAGAUCACCACCAACAAAGACAAUGUAUUUUUCUUCCAACCUGAGACCAAGGCGAGCGAAUGGCUCCCACCCUCAGAGAUCGCCGCGGCUGUGCGAGAGAUGGAGGAGAACGAGGUCAAGCAUAAGCGGAGGUUGAAACGCGAAGCAGAACAGAAGCAGCGUGAGGAGAGGGACAGAGUGAGGAGAGAAAAGAGGCUGUUAAAGAGGAAAGCAGAGGAAGGUGUCGCGAUCACUGAAUUCGACGCUUCUGCGAAGAGGCCACGUGCCGACGAGGAUGAUGAUGAUGAUGACGAGGAGGAGGAGAAAGAGGAGGAGGAGGAGAAAGAGGAGGAGGAGGAGGAGAAAGAGGAGGAGGAGGAGGAGGAGGAGGAGGAGGAGAAGGAGGAGAAGGAGGAGGAAAAGGAUUCAAUAGCGUCGAUCAACGAGGCUCAAGCUGAAUCACUGCCCCAAGAUGCAGCGGAAGCGAAUGGAAAUGAUGAACAAGACGAUGAAGGGUGGCAGCGCCAAAUAGCAGAAAAGAUGGCCGCCGAAGCGGAAGCAGAAGCAGAAGCCGCAGCCUCCAACGAUGCGGACACCAACUCCCAGCAUCAUCCGCCAGCACGCACACCGACACCAGACGCGCCUCAACCCGAAGUUACAACAACACUCGAAGAGCAAAAAACAACCUUUAUGGCCCAUCUCACCUCGCUCAACGGCACCAAGAGCGAAGUCAAUCCAAUGGCACCAUGGGAUCUCGAACAGUCCAAGUUUGCCUCAAAUCCUUCUUUCCACGCCUUACCGCAACGCGAGAGAGAAGAUGUCUUCAAUGAGUGGUGCAAGCUUCGCAUCCGCGAGAAGCGUGCUGCCAAGGCUGCAGCUGCUUUAGCUUCUUCGCAGCCUGCUUCUUCGUCCAAAUCCAUCCGCGCGGACCCACUCUCCAAGCCUGCCGAAGAGGCCUUCCGUGCACUGCUCAAGAAUCAAGUAAGAUCCACACGCACAAAGUACGCCGACUUCAAAGCUGCAUUUGCCCGUGACGCUCGCUUCAGCUCGUACGGAAAGGGUGAGGGCGAUAGAGAGAAGCUCUUCAAAACACACCUUAUCGAGCUUGGCGAGCAGAAGCGUGCAGCCGCAGAGAAGGCCGACAAGGACUUUUUGGAUCUCUUGUCGGAUAAGAUCCCUGGCAAUUACCGCAACAAAGUAGCUACCGCCAAGAGUCAAGCUGCUAACAAUGGCAAGGAAGCAGAAAAGGAAGCCAUAUCGGCAGUGUGGGUCGAAGCUAAGCGUUCACCUGGUGUUGUAGAGGAUAAGAGGUACGAUGCUGUCGGCAGCUCGACUAGGCGGUUUGAGUUGUUUUGUUCUUGGGCGAAGGGAGAGCGCAAGCCCCAUCCUUCUUCCGCUUCUAUUGCUCACGCUACCUCGUCCAGACCUACGACCGAGAGACAAGAGCGCAGAGAGCAACGAGACCUUCCAGCAGCGCGCAAAGCAGCAGAAAAGGAAGAAGCUAGACGCCGUGCCCUCGCAGAACGCGAGGCAAAAGUGCGCAGUGAACGAGACCGCAUCAACCGUCUCAACCGAUCCGCUUUCUCUGCUGCAACACACUCGGAGUCGGUCCUUUCAUUCCAGCAACUUUUGCUUGAUGCCGUACAUUCCGCUCACAUUAGCUACUCCGAGGCGCUUCCACAGCUUUCUUCCGACCGACGCUUCCAUGCACCCGCUCUGUCCGAAGAUGAGAAAGAACAGCUCUUCCGCGAACACCAGCAACGACUCGCCACCAAGGAGCAGAGCAAGAUCGGCAGCGUCUUUGCUAGGUACGCGAAGAAACUCGAUACUCAGGCAGAAGACGUGAUUGCGUUGACUCUUCAGGAUGAGGAGUUGUCUCAUCUGCCAAUGCAGGUCUAUCGGCAGGAUAAGGCGAAGCUUAAGGCCGCCUACGCUAAGUGGGAUGCAGAGAGAAAGAAGAGCGCGGAGAAAGAGUUCAAGGAGAUGCUCACGGAGAGUGCGUUUGUCGGAUUUUGGGGCAGACUCAAGAAGGAAGUCAACGCCAGUAGCGACGUGGGAGAGGAGAAAAGGGAAGCGAGGCAAGAAGGAGAAGAGGACGAUGGAGAGGAAGGAGAUGGAACGACAAUGCUGGAUUUGGCCAGAAAGGUGGAUCUGGGAGAGAUCGAGUCAGUGUUGCGGAACGAUGCUAGAUUCCGAGCUUGGAGACAUGCGCCGGAGCAAAGGAGAAGAUGGAUCAGAGAGCAUUUGGAGGGCUUGGCUGCGCCCGGAAAGAGUGUCCAUCGUUAA